AUGCCGGCGCUGCUGAGCCGCGCCCUGGCCGAGAUGCGUCCCGCCGGGCACAGCAGCCCCCUCCUGGCCUCGCUGCCCAUCCCGGGCCGUCCCCUGCACACCCCGCUGGACAUCAAGCACUUCCUGACCUUCCGGCUCAACGGGACGUCGCCGCUCAACCUCUUCCCCAACUUCAACACGAACCAGGCGGAAGCGCACUACAAGGGCCACAAGCACGCGCGGCGCCUCAAGGCCAUCGAGGCCAUGAAGAGCAAGCAGAAGUCGGCGGCGGCCCAUGAAGAGCAAGCAGAGGGCGGCGCCAGCCGGUGGCCGGGACAAGGCGCCAAGCACAAGUCCAUGCUGGAGGGUCACAGCGCGCAGCUGCGGCGCGGCCGGGGGCGGCUGCUGGCGCGCGCCGGGCACAAGGCCAAGCGCAUCGGCAACAAGGGCAGCAUCAACAUCCAGAACAAGGCGUUUCACUGCCAGGUCUGCGAGAUCUACGUCAACUCGGAGACGCAGCUGAAGCAGCACAUGAGCAGCCGGAGGCACAAAGACCGGCUGGCCGGGAAGCCGCCCAAGCCCAAGUACAGCCCCUACAACAAGCUGCAGAAGAAUGCGGCGCUUGCGGUCGCACUUGUUGCCCAGCACCACCCAGGUGACCUGCUCGACGGAGAAAGGUGA